CAUUGUAUUAUAAUUUGCAAAGAACCAAUUUUUUUCAAUUUAAUAUAAAUAAUAUCCUUUGAAAAGUUAAAUGAUGAAAAUUUAUUUUUCAGUUUGUCAGUGUUAUCUCCGCUUAUCUAAUAAUCCUUAUUCAAUUUUAUCGACCAUUCGAAGAACAUUCGGACAAAUUUGUCAAAGUAAAUUAUACUCAACUACCAAAAAUAGUGUUAUCGGAAUACAGAUUACAUGGUUCUCAAUCUGUAUUAUUUCGCGAGAUGAAUACAUCUCAGGUUCUGAUAGAAUAAACAGAUUAGUCAAAGCCUAGUUGAAGUAAUUUUAUCGAUAAAAAUUUAUACAUUAUCAAAUUACAAUAUAUUUUAACGUAUUUAACUAUAUUUAUUUGAACGUAUGGGACUACCCCUUAAAGGGUUAACGAAUUCCAUAUUUGAGCAUGAUAUAUCAAAAAUGAUGGUGAAUCUUUCGAAUUAUAGCAAUUGGCAAUGGAUAAACAAUAAAUGAUUCAUCAUAAGAGGUUACAAAACAAUAUACACAAUUAUCUUUUUAGCCUAAGCUUAAAUUAAUCUAUCAAAGUCUAAGUCGCCUCUAGCUAAUUCAGUCCUAUUCUUCUUUUUUUUACAUUUAAUCACGUAUAUCUUACGGCUCUAUUUAUCUUAUUACUUCUCCCCUUCCCUUUUUCGCUUUCUCUUUUUUCUCAUUAUCCUGUCUAUCCUAUAGAGUCUGUAGGAGGAAGUCUGUAACAGUCCAUAGAUCGAAAUAAGAAUUUUGAACCUUCUUGCAAGAAAGAAAGAAAAAAUGUAUGUGUAAUGAGAGAAAGAACCUUAACGGGACGUAACAGUUCACACAAGUUUAGCAUGUAUUUAACUCAACGUUAAUAAUUAAAAAAAUAUAUAUAAUAUAUCGCAUUUAAAAUUUUAGGAGCGCAACUUAAUUCUCGUCUUUUUUAUAAAAAAUAUACAAUACGUAAACAUUUACCCCGUAAGGAAUCAUGGGCCAUCUUAUACAAACAGUGAAAGAAAUACGGCCAUAGUAUUUAUUUAAAAAAACAGAAAAGAAAAUAAACGAUAAUCAUACAUUACAAUUUACAUAUCUUUGUUACGUAUCUAACAUUAUUUGUAACAACUCAAUUGUAAUUCGACGUUGUGGCAACUUUUAACAAACACAUGAAAAACUUUGCAGGUAGUCAAAAGUAAAAGCGUGAUAAUUAUAUGGAAAAAGAUGGAAAAAAGGAGAAAGAGGAAGAGAGAAAGACAGACAGAGGGAAAGAGAGAAAGAGAGAGAAUAUUUGAGAUAUGGACUAAUUCUAAAAGGAUUUUUUUCAAAUAUAUUGAACAAUGUAAACUAGACUUGUUCAUAAUUUCGACGCAGUAUUUUGCGACAACUUUUGACAAAAUUUAGACAGAGUAGAAGACAUUAUAUGUUGUUGCUCGGUAUGACGCGCGGCCGCGCGAAUCAGCUGGUCCAACUGAUUGAUAAUAUCGAUCUGCUGGUCCAGCUGACUCGCGCGGCCGGGCAUCAUACCGGACAACGCAUUCAAUACUAUGAAUUCCUAUAUAUCUUGAUGUUUAGAUAUACACAAAAUCCGUCUAAUUAUAUCUAUUCGUUAAAAAAUUUGUCUGAAAUACAUCUAGUAUUUAUUCAUCUCGUUCAACUUUUGUCAAGUUGACCCAGAGGACUUAUUGAUACAAUAAAUUUUACGCAAAUUAAUCAUUACCACGUUGUGAUCACCCCUUGUAAAGUGAACUAGCCCGCAUACGUCAUGCGCGCACAUACUGUUAUCCCCGUUUUCAACAUAGUUAUUUUCGUUUCUACGUUCCAUAUGUCAGUUUCAUCCCCAUGAUAUCGAGCGGAAUCGCAAUAAGAAACUUACUACUUGAAUAGCAAGUUGACAUUAUUUUAAUAUUAAAAUAACGUAUUUAAUAACACUUUCACAAGUCAAAUUAACUAGCUACUUGGGUAUCAAUAUACAUCUAACGGAUCAAUACAUUAUUAAUUUACGUUAAGCUUGUUGGAGCACACAAUAUAUGAGAGAUAAGGAACAGAAUAAAUAUUUUAUUGUGAUCAAGAAUCAAGAGAAUCCACGAUGUAUGUGAAUGACUUACUAUAAGGACGAGCUUGUGGCAUUGACGUUCCAAGUACGUAAAUUAUUUUUCUUAUUCAUAUUAGCACUUAAAGCGCUAAUUGAGCAAUUUUCAUUUAUUUAUCCUAUUUGAUUUAUUUAAUUUAUUAAAAAUGUGUUAUGUUUAUGGGGAGGGGCAGCUAAUAACACACUAUCUAAUAUUGCAGAAGUGUAGAUAGAAGUCAUAUGCCAUUCUUUGUCGUUACGUGAAAUAUUAGAAUUCACGACGUGCUUGCUUGUCAGAAUAUUUUGCUUUUAAAACUUUGCCAUUUUUUUUUAAUAUUCUGAAUCACGAGGAUUUUCAAUAUGAUUAAUAAUCAUUUGCAAAACGUCAAUUACAAAAAGAACGAGGAGGAAAUGGAGGAACAGGUCGAAGUGCAAGUGGAAGACAAUUUGCCUUCGAUAGAAUACAUUUUAUGUCCAAUAACGUAUAUCUCCUGGUUCUUGGGAGUCGGCAUCGCACAUCCGCGCCAAUACUGCUUCAAGGAUUUCACAAUAGCCUUACGUACAAUUCAUUUGGCUUUGUGUUUUUCGAGUACGACAGCCGAUAUAAUAAUAAGUUAUCUCAAAACUGGUCAUUUCAAAUCCCGAAUUCACUUAUUCCUAUUUAUUCAACUUCACAUUAUUUAUACAAAUCAUUAUAAUCUACGUAUCUACGCAUUACUUAAUUUAUCAAGUAAUUAGGCAAUACGACGAAUGGCCAAAGCUAAUGGACAAAAUCAAAGAGCUUGAUCAAAAGAUCAGGACGGAAACACUUAUAAAUAACCGACCAAUAAAAUGUGUGGAAGCGCUAGCAAUUCUAGCAACAUUCGCUUGGAUAAUUUUGUUUCCGACUGUGUGCAUUACCAUAGACGACUAUUAUAAAGAAAAAGAUUUUGAUUUCUAUAAGAAUGGCUUCAUGUAUUUUUUCAUGUCAGGUCUAUCCCUGAUCAACAGCUUUGUCUUCGACAUUGUCGUCUACGUGCUGUAUAACAGAUUGCAAACGGUAAAUAAAUUAAUCGGACAAUUAAAUCAGUUAUCCGAUACGCCGUUGGUCGCGCAGAAGAUCAGACGCAUCCGAGAAAUGCAUAAUGGUACGUUUUUCUAAAUAUAAUUUCUCGCAUUGUUGUAAUCUAAGUAUAGAUAUAGCUUAAGAUACAGUGUAAUACAAUUUAUAAAGAGAUUGUAAUAAUAAUAAUACCAAGAUGUAAUCAAAUCGUAAUAUUGGUUAUUAGGUAUCUAUGACCUCGUCAACAUGGUAGACGGAAUUUACGACCUUAACCUCCUCCACUGUUUUAUGAACUGUAUCAUCCCGACCAUGUUUACAAUACACGCAUGUUACAUUAACAACAAGGAAAUUGGCAGUGUUUCUACAUAUUUAAUUAGUUUAACGUUUAUGUAUAACAUAAAUUUUUUUCUGAUGUGUUGGACUUGUACGUUUACUGGUAAGGAAUUCGAAAAGACCAGGACAAUUAUACACGCAAUUGUACUGAAUUACAAAUCUGUGGAUCUUGAUGAACUAAACAGAACAAUACAAUCGAAUCUAAAUGUGCGAACGUCACUGAAAGUUUCGGAUAGUGAGCAAAAUUCUAAUUGGAGUAGCAGUCCCAACCUGAACAUUGGCGUCAUAAAACGUCUUUCACGCAAAAGCUCAGUCCGUGAUGACUGUGUCAGAAAUGAGAUCAAGAAUUUUUUGAUUGAACUGCAAGAUCGUCGAAUAUUAGUUACACGGUUUGACUUAUGCAAACUAAAACAUUCUAUAUUUUUUACUUUUUCUGGAACAAUUUCUGUUUAUUUAUUCUUCUUCAUUCGAUACUAUAAACAAUACAAAGAUCUAAACGAGAACUUAGUCCAGAACUUAGUACCACACUAAGAGUUGGUUAAAUAAAACAAUAUAUGUCCGGUCGGUUGACACUUGGGCGACUUGAUAUCCAUGCGCGACCACUACUACGCUGUAAUUGCAUAAAAAUCCAUGUGUACACGAAAUAUUAGUACAGCAUAAUCAGCCUUGAUCGGUCAAUAAAAAACAUUGAAGCAUCAGAAAUUCUGACAACAUUCGUUUUAUGCCCUUUGUUUCUGAUUCGCCACAUUCCUGAUCCUCGGUCUGUAUUAUUAUUUUAUAAAUAUGAAAUACAUAUUUGCAUUCGAUUUGAUUUAUUAAAUAUUAACGUAGUCAUUUAUAGUGUCAACAGCUUUGUAUUCGAUAUUGUCACCUAUACUAUAUCGCAUAAAUUAACCAAUUGGCUUGAAUGAGCGACUCUGUAGUUUGCGCGUAAGAUUAAAUGCAUCAGAGAAUUGCAUAACGGUAAAUUCUUUGUAUUUCUGAAUAAUAGCUUUUGCAUUGUUGUUAACAUGUCUCAAAAUGUAGUUUAGUGCUAUGAAAAGAUUACAAUAAUAUUAAGACAUAAACUAUUUGCAGGUAUUCUGAUCUGGUAGCAUUCUAAUGUCAGAAUUGCAACACUAAUAUGCUGUUUUUAUUCUUAUGUGAAACAUGUAUCAUCAAAAUGGCCGUUAAUGCCAAAAUAGCCAUUGUCGAUAAUAUAGAGUUAUUCGUGCACGUUACAAUAUUUCAUAUGCAUCUUUUUUAUAAAUUUGGACAUUUUAUUAUGAAAAAAUGUUGGAUCUGAAUAUUUGAUAUCUGAUUUUACAUGUGUAGAAAAAAUGUAUUAAAAAUAUUCUAAUUACAAUGUCUCGCAAAGGAAUAAAAAAAAAAUUAAAAAACUGCUCCAAUAUUGAGUUUUCGGAUUACCAUAUUGAAUACGCCAUUUUGAGAUUUUUAGAUACGAUCGAGACUUACUCAAGAGAUAUACAUCAUUUUGAGGAUUAAGAACAAUUAUCCAACUUGAAUUCUACUAAAUAGUAAUAAAAAACUUGAGAUUUUGAGUAGGCAUACGUAACAUAUAAUUUAAAUAUUUUAAUUAUUGUAAUAAUAAAAAGCUAUUUUUUACUAUUGCAGCACACCCAUCUUUUUAAGAUAAAAAUUGUAUUUACAUUUUUAAUUUUCUUAAUUGGCUCGUUUUAUUAAUCAUUAUCCCUUGUUAUUACUAUAUCUCUUGUUAUAUCCUUUGCAUUAUUAUUACAUCUUGUUAUAUGUUUGCUCUUGUAUCAAGCUUAUUAACUAUUUCAUUAAAUGUAUUUAAUUAAUUUCAUUAAUGUAUUUAAUUUAUUAAAACCGCUUAUGUGAAGAGCAGCUGACAUACACUCUCAUAUUACCGAGGUAAUACGUCGUUCUCUAUUCCGCGUGAAACACCAGAGAGAAUUCACCACGCGCUCGCUUGUCAGAGUGUUCUACUUCUAAAAAGACUUUGCUACUUUUUUUUUUCAAAAUAUUCCGCAUCACGAGAAAUUUCAAUAUAAUUAACAAUCAUACUCGUUUACAAAACGUCGAUUAGCAAAUAAUACGAAGAGGAAAUGGAGGAACAGUUCCAUGUGCAAGUGAAAGACAAUUCGCCUUCGAUAGAGCACAUUCUACGUCCAAUAUCGUACACCUCUUGGCUCCUGGGGGUCGGCGUUGCACGUCCACGAAAGUGUCCUAAGUUUGUCACGAUAAUCCUACGUAUAAUUCAAUUGGUUGUGUGUUCCAUUAGCAUAAUCUGCGGCAUGAUGGAUGCCUUAAUUUUCACUCUUAAAAGUGACAUAUUUGAAUACAUACAUUGCGUAAAUAAAGUGUUGUGUUAUGUAUCAACGUAUUACUAUGUUUGUCACGGUAUCAGGCAGUACGACAAGUGGCCGAAGCUGAUGGACAAAAUAAAGAAGCUUGACCAGAAGAUCAGAAGAGAAACACUCAUGAAUAACCGGUCUAUAAAAAUCGUCGAGGCGUUAGCAAUUCUCGCGACGUUUAUUUGCUGUCCUUUAGCCUUGAUCGUGUACGCCUUAUAUUAUUCCUUUACAUAUCCAGAAGAGGUUUUCGUGUCCGACUUGCUGAUGCACUACAUAAUAGCCCAGUCGUUAGUCAACAGCUUCGUCUUCGACGUUGUUAUCUAUGUGCUGUAUCAUAGAUUCCAAACGAUAAAUAAAUUGAUUGGUCAGUUGGACGUGCUAUCUAAUGGGCCAUGGAUCGCGCUCAAAAUUAGACGUAUCAGAGAACUGCAUACCGGUACAUGUGAUCUCGUCGUCAUGGUAAACGAUAUUUAUAGCCUUUCUUUCCUCUUCUGCUCGGCAAACUGCUUCACCAUGGUCCUGGCUACACUAUUCAAAAUUUACGUUAUUGUUGUAGAGAAAAAUUAUGCGUUUAUAGUGUUAAACAAUAUACUUUUCAUUGUAUAUCUCGCGCAGUUCGGUCUGCUGUGCUGGAUUUGCACGCUCGCGCGUCGAGAAUCCGACAGAACCGGGAGAAUUAUAUACGAAGUUAUGUUAAAUUGUAAACCUGUAAAUCUUGAUAAACUGGACGUAACAGGGAAUCAAUCGAGUAUAGAAAUACGACCGCCAUUGGAAGACCAGGAGAGUGAGCCAAAUUCUAAAUGGAGUAGCAGUCAUAAUCUGAGUUAUGUCGCCAUGGAAAAUUUGCUACACAAAAAUCUGGGCCAAGACUAUGUCAGAAACGAGAUCAAUGAUUUUUCGAUUCAACUGCAACAGCAUCGAAUAGCAUUUACAGCCUGCGAUUUCUUCGAGAUAAACAAUGCUCUUUUCAGUAGAUUCGUCGGUGUCAUCGCUACUUAUCUAAUAAUCUUCAUUCAAUUUUAUCAACAACCUGAUCUGGACAGCAGCCUUUUCCAACAUAUUUUGAAAAUCUUUUAAGAUCCAGCAGUGUCAAAUUUUUUUUUCAAAUUGAAAGGUAUCAAUUAUAAUUUUUUUUUUUUUAAUUUCCAUACUUUCCAUACAGCGUGUAAUAAUAUUAUCUUAAGUGUCUCCCGCGUAUCGAGCUUGUGAAAUUAAACCGAGAGACUAACACCGAGUAAAAAGUGUAUUGCAAAUGUUCCGCGAUUAUAUAGGCAGAAUAUAUUGUCUCGGAAAGCGAGGUGGCGAUACGUGACGCGCAACUAAUUGCCGCUGAAUUAGGUUUGCGUAGCGGCGCGUCCCCGAUACAAUAUAACUCACUGACAUACAUUGAUUUAAUUAGCAAUUAAAACUUUACGAAAGCACCAAACCGCGGAAAGGAGUGUACGUUAUGUGGAUAUACAUGCGUGUCUUCUGUUUUCAAUCUCGUAAAUGUUACACAGCGCUGUUGAUUAUUCUGAUACGCGAUCCGAUGCAAUACAUACUGUGACUUAUACUGUAAAUUUAAUAAUCAAUUAUAUUAUCAAUUGAAAUUCUCUAAUUAAAAAUUGUCAUUGAUUUAAAUAUUUCAUCUGCAUUUUCUAUAAAAAUGUUAAUCUUGCUAACACGCAUUUACAAAAUUUGAGAAAAUGAAGGUGUGCACCGCGCUGCACUGUUACAAUCAGAUUUGUACCCAUUUAUUAAGGUCUUCGUUUUGCCCGGAAUUAGCUUCCUCUUUUCUCUUUCCUCUUUCUUACUUAUUCGCCGAAUUAAGAUUCAUCGGCAACGUUUGCAACGCGACGUGUCUGUCUUGUCUCCCCGACACGGUGGCGAUCUCUCGGAGAUUGGCUCCCGCCGUUUCAGCAGGAAAAUUCGCAGUCCGACAAUCGUUGAAUUCGCAUCCCCCGCAAUACUGCAUGCUGCGGCCGGGCAGUUGCAGUGGGUUGUUUUCCUUGCAACCCCCUCCUCCCGCGUCGGGGUAUCCAGUCCUGGCAUUCCGCAGACCCGGCUGUAACACGCUCGUACGAUCGUUGUCGAGGAAAUGAAUUUUCUUCAACAAGGAUUCUCGGGGCUCCCUUACGUUUCUUAGGUGAAAGACCGCGUAGGGGUAGCGAGGGAGAGACGGACUCCCCCGCUUCCCAAGUUUGGCUACCUCCCGUUCCAUUUUCGGUUGUCUAGCAACGAGAUAAUAGGUGGAGAGAAAAACGUAAUGGGCCAAACGGGCGAACGUUUACGUUUAUUACGGGCGUAAAAUUUUGUACGAGAGGAGAGAGGGUGAGUCCUCGUUGCGGGGUAAAAGCCAUCUUCCGCAAAUUUCAAUGAGUGCCAUCCGGCGUUGAUAAUGAAAUUACGGCGGUCGUAAAUCGCUGUGUACUUUUGUUUUUGGAAAAACAAUUUCUCAAUUAGCUCUCUUUCGACGUGUCGUAAUUAUCAAAACUCACUGUUGCAGGUCGGAGUUCACGCGUGUCUCGAUUUGACACUCGAUCGAUCAGCCCGUGAACGUGAUGCAAAGAUAAAGAAGUGAGGGGAAUCGCGAUGAUUGCAUCACAAUGUGUAAAUCGUCGGAGAAACCUCUAGUUCGGGCAAUCUUUGCGAUAUAUUUAUGAGACAAAUUUAUGGUUUGUACUUGGCAAGAUCCGGAGCGUUCGUUCCCCUUUAACUCUCUUCCGUGGAGUCACUCUCUUGAGUCUCGUAUAAGGGAAAAGCUCGUAAAUCAAGGGUUCUAUGUAACCGCGUUCUAUAUAACGUUCGAACUGGUCGAUGAUCGCAAUUUUUAAAAUUUUAUAUUACACGACAUAAUUAAAUGUCACGAUACAUUUUUAUCGAAUGUUGUUACACAUCACCCAUUCGCGUCUCUUGGAAUUUUUUCAUAAAAAUUCUGGUAAAAGGCGGAAUUUUAAUUUAAAAUAACUUCAUUGCUAAAUACAUCUGAUAUUAAAAAUUAAAGAAUAAUCUUUUAAUUAAUAAAUUAUUGAUUUUGAAAUAUUUAUAAAAGACGCCCUUCUUAAAAUAUACAAUAUUUUAAGUAAUAGAGAUAAGGUAUGUUAUAUUAAAAAUGUAUAAUUAAUUUUAAAUUUACAGACGCAAUUAAUAACCCACACUUAUCGUGAGAAUAAUGCUGACAAUUUGUCAUGGGAAUUAAUGGCGUGCGACAGACCUGGGCGAACUUGUCGCAAUGCACUUUUUAGUGCAAUAGUGAUGAUGCGUCAAAAACGCGUCGUAUCGUUUGGAUUCACCUCCGAGACGUUGGUUUCUUCGUCUCGAGUGACGCCAGAUAAGAGGGAGAUAUAUUCCUGGAAGGAGUCCGAUGUCGUUUCUCUCUCGGUUUUUCCUUCUUUAAACGAUUCCCUUUGAACGGGGCUGGCAUGAAUAUUUAUGGCCUCAUGAAUAUUUACGAUACUCCAAGGUACGCGUGUAUGCUGGGACGUUGUUAUAACGUAUGUACGUAUACGCGUAUUGGCCGGAAAAUGGGAAAUACUUCGGGGUCCUCGUGACAAUGCCCAAGAUUAAUACGUUCGUUCGCAAAUGCGGUGUCGCGCGAUUGACGAAAUGCUAAUCGCUUUAUCUUACACUUGCGAUCUCAUAGUCUUCUCGUUCCUCCCCCUCUCCCCCGAUCAGUUAUUUACUUUAAGCGAUUUAUUCGAUAAAGCAAAAAAAAGGCAGGAAGUUAAAGUCACGUUCGAGAGACAUUCAUUUUUCUGUCAAUCCGAGUAUCUGUACUUGUCGAUCAUAACUGAUAUUUCUACUUUAAAUUGCGACAAGCUUAAUGAUGGUUUCCUGCCAAUUUUAAUAAUACCGGAAAAUUUUGUAAUAGAUUUUUGUUUGAAAACUAUAGAUAUUCGACAUACAUAUGUCCAAUAUUUUAUUCCCUAGAAAAAAAUUUACUUAUCCGUGGAAAGUAAUAUAAUCUGAUGUUGCUUCAUUGACUUUGCUUAACAAUUUAAUCAUUAUGUACAUCGCACGUUAAUUAACCGUGUAUUUCUGCGGAAGUUUUUGAAUAAAGUAGCAGGUAGUUAUGGUGUUCGGGCGAAAUGAGAAUUCCAGGGAAAGUACAAUGUUUUAGUACUAUUAUCUUCGUGAUUUACUUACUCAUGUUUCAGAGAAUCUGCAGUACUAUUUUCAGGCUAAGUAGAGAAACAUAAAUUUCCUCUCCGAGUAGUUGCCGCUUGGCAUUUACACCGUUCUGGUUUUCUUCCUCGUUACUCCGCUCGCGGAAGAUCGUAUUUCAUCGGGACGAUAACAACACAAGAUUAAUAAUUUAGGAAUUUCAUAUCAAAAAGCGAUACAACCCGCAUCGAUUCCGAUUAAAUAACAAAGUCAAUUUCCGAUUUUCGCAUAAUAAGAACGUAAAGUCGACGUCUCAAAGCGCGCGGCAUUUUAUUUUUUAUGUCUAGCAUUUGCGAGAUUUUUUUAUAGAUUCAUUUUUUUCAGCAUUCAGGAAAUCAAAUUCCUUGGGAGGAAGCCAAAACUCCAUCGACUGUGUCGAAAUUUUGAUAAUAGGCUUCUAACUCCGCAGGAGCGAGGUAUUUACCUCCAGUGAAGCAUUCUCGUGCUUAUCGUUCGCUCUGUGCGAGGAAAAAGUAUCGAAACGCGAAAUAUUACAACUAUAAAACGCCACGGUACGUUUACUCAACAGUAUUACAACUCCUGAGCGUACCAAUUGGUUCUUCAAUCAUUUCAAUUUCCCGGCGAACGUUUCUUUCGCAACACCCCGGCGAAAUUAAUUUUUCCACUCCGUCUACGUCGAGUAUAAUAACAUUCAUUAAAUAUAUCAGAUUCGCGUAGACACAGGAAAAAAAAGGAUAUUUUGACAAUACUUUUAGUUUCAAAAUGAAAAUCUUGAAAUAAGAUUAUAUUGCGUUAAAUCAAAAAAAUUUACUUGAAUAAAGAUUUAUUUUAAGAUUUUAUAUAGUUUAAUCAAGAAAAUUAUAGUUUUGUUAUUUAAGAAUAAUUUUCUUGAAUGGAAAUAAAAAAAAUGUUAGAUAGAAAGUACUGGAUGUUCAAAUCGAAUUAUAAUUUUUUAAGAAUAAAAUUAUCAAAAUAAUAAUACUAUAUUUUUGAAAUAGCAAUUAUAGUAUUGAAAUAAGGCCAUAAUAUUGUUGAUAUUCAAGAUUUUCAAAUUCUUCUAAGAAGAUUACAUAUUGUUGCGUAUAUUGAAACAAUGAAUGCGUUCAUAUAAAUAUAUAAGAGUUAUUUAACAUUUGCUUCUUUUCUGUGCACUUUUUAAACAAAUGCCCGAGGAUGCACUUAAAAAUAUAAUUUUGCUACGUGAUAAUUACGACAUAUAAUUAUACAACUUUUUACUCAUUUUACGUAGUGUAUUCAUUUAAUAUUGCAUUAUUUUAUGGCAAACUUUUGUUCAUCGCAUUGCGUAUUUAAUUUAAGUAGUUUUAAUACUAACAUCACAAAAUUCGCUCGUCAAUUAUUAUCAUCAUUGUAUAUUAAUUCGCCGGUAUGGAAACCGUAAAUACAGAUCCCUUUGAACGUUUCAAAUCGUCGUGUUUGAGAUAUUAGGCAACUACCUCACACAUCAUGGAUCUUAAUAUUCUAGUGGGUAAUGAUAGAGAUUCACAUACGGCUGAUUACGAGGCUGUCCCUUUGACCCUGCGAGAGAGACGUUCUUAAUCAUGGAAAGCAAUGUUGCCUACACAUUCGAUUAAAUAGUUUGAUCCGAGCAUACUGGUACAUAUAUGCGUAGAUUUCCGUUUAAUGGUCUUUAUGAAGGUAGCUAUCUAUCAUCUAUUGGAUGCCCUGUCAAAUCUAGACACGAGUUGUCUGGAUUGUUGAGGGAUGCAAAUUGUUUCGGAAUGAAAGUCACGCAAUUCCGCGAUCGUAGUAAUAAUCCCAUUAUAUUUUGCGCAAUAUCGUAAAUUGCCUCCUUGCUCUUUGCAUGAUUGAUCGGGCGAGGUAAAAUCAUCGGGACCGGCUGAAUUACUCGUCGUAAAGUUCCAUUUAGAGGAAACGAAGAGACGCGACUUGAGCUUUUUACAAGGCGCGGCUCGUCGAAAAUUCAGGGCGAGUUUCAUCAGAUCGAGUCUCGAUAUUGUUGCGUCGGUUGCGUCUAUUCGCAAACGAUUUUAUCCAAAAAUGAAUCCGGGGAGGGCGUUUCGCACGAAUUUUCGCGCGAAGGAAGAGUACCUCGUCCCUCGACAUUCAGAGCGCGCGCGCGGAUUUCUGUUCUACCGCGGCAACGACUGUGGUGGGUGGUCGGUCUUGCGGUUUAUUCGAGCGGAAACAUCGCGUUCAAUCGUGGUGGAACGCUUCGAAGAGAUUCGGUCCGAUCUCUUCCCCUUAUCCUUUGCAGUAUCUCCUUUUGCUAUUUGUCUGAGGGAAGGGAAAGAGACAGGGAGGGCGAAAGGGGUGAAAGGCACGAACGAAUCUCGCGAGCUUCCGCGCGCGGAAUAUCCCGAGCGUCUUUUCGCGAGCCGCCGCCGCAGCUUCCACGGGAAAGUUGCAAAGUGCGGCGAAACGAGGGCGAAUGCUAAAUUUUCGCGAAAAGCUCCGUCGGGCUGUUACAAGAAGGCACGGCGAGUAUGCGCCGCGUUUCUUGUUGAGUCUCGACGAGAGAUAAAUUGCAGGUCCCUACAACCCCGUCCAAAAGGAAAAGACCCGCGCUUUAAUAAACCGGUCGAUCUUCGCGAAUUAAGAGGCGAGGUUAAUUUUGAAUCCGUUGAGUCGUAAUAAACAUCGCGGAUGCCGGGUCGCUGGCGAAAUAUUUUAAUAAUUACCGGCACGCUUUUAAAUUUAGUACAGCGAAAAGAUUAAAUACCACAGUUUCGAAUUUGAAAAAAAGUUUAUUAUUUGUUAACUAUUAAUUGUUAGAUAAGUAGACCCGCCGGAAUUCGUAUUUGCAAGCUCACCCUUACUUUUGGCCAAGCCUGUAUUCGCAGUCACGUCUGCUCUCGCUUUCCCCCUGAAUAUACUUAUUGUUUCUCCCGCUGCAACAAAUUCACGGAAUACUCGUCGCAAAUCGAGUUAAUAUUGGGGAAGCAACUUGCGUCGGCGUUCGCGCUUAAUCCAAUCAUCUCCACCUACGUAACUUACGUAUAGUGUCGCGCGUAUAUAGAGCACUACGUCAGAUCUACGUCGCUCUCUAUAUAAAUUUAACGGAAUGCGUUAUCGAUAGAUUGUAUCUCAUAUCAAUUCCGAUUCUGUCGAACGCGCGCGUUUCACGCGCGGCGCGGCAGCGGGAGGCAGGGAUUCACAUUGUUCUCCGCUUUUCCGACAUCGUAACGCGAUUAUGGCUUCCAAGGCGAGGAAAAUCGCGGACCUUGAGGUCCCGGAAUCCCGAAUCAAGGGGUCUCUCAGGAUAAUCCCGAGGAAUUCCGGGGCGCUUCGGGAUCAGGUGGCGCGCGGCUGCGCGCGGGCUACACGCGUAUAUACGUACAACGAAAUCCCAUCGUCUCCGGGCGCGCUCACGAUAAGCCGGGGCGCCUCUCCUCAUCAGCAUGAUAAAUAAACGCGAAAGUAAAUACAAGUGUACCGCGACUAGUGAAUAGAUCCCCCUUAGAUCGAGAUAAGCGCGCCCGGAGUACACUUAUCUGUCGCCGGCUACAUAAUCUCCGUCUCCUCGUCCUCCGGACAAGCUCAAAGUUUCUCCACGUGCGCGCGCGAGAGAAAAAGCGGGCGAGAUAGAGAGAGAAAGAGAGGAGGGAGUGAGGGGAUAAAGAGAAAGAGCAGGUAUCGUUAUCAUAGAAAUCGCGAUAUUACGCGGCAUAUGGCCGCGCUGUAUUAGCAGUAAGCAGGGAAAGAGCGCACUCCGGAUUUCAUCGUUUUCAUCUUUCUCCAUCGUUCCCGUGCUCAUAUCACUCCCGCGCCUCCCCCGCCAGCCCCUUUCAGCCCCGUCGACUUUCCCCGCGUGUCCCGAACACCUUUUUUACAUCUCCUCACCCCUUACCUCUCCGCCCUAACGGCGGCGGCUCUUUUGUCGGGAAUUUAUCCACUCGGAUAUCGGCCGUGUGUCCUCGUAACUCUUGGAUUUUUUGUCGUUUUUCUUCCACCCCCCUCCCUCCCUCCCUCCCCUCCCCGUCGUCGCUUCUUUUUUCCUGUCUCUUUUUCAUCCGUUUGCCGUCACCCCGUCAGAGGGGUUUGAAGGUUCGAUCUUUGACCAUUCGCCGUCUUUCCGGUUUUAUGUUUCAACGUUUCAGACAUUUCAGAUUCAAGAGCUUCCACGGUCGAUCGUUGCCGCGAUUCAAAGCCCGUGCUUUCUUCUAUUUUUUAUACCCUCCCCUCUGCCCUCCCUCAGGCUACGGUAGAUUACACUUUGCAUUUUUUUCAUCGUAAUGUCCCGCAUCGGCGAACCUCGUUUUCCUUCUCCGUUGUACGAGCGGUGAAAACUUUCUGAUUCAGCAUGAAUAACAAACACCCAAUAAUUUUUUAGCUUUUUACAUCAAAUCCUUCCAAUGCGUUUUGUAUUAAAAGAAAACGGGUCAAAAUAAACUGUUUUGUUCCCCGGAGUGGCAAAUCAAAAAGAUUAUUUGUUUUUUGUACUUUUCGAACUGUUGAAUUUGAUUUAGAUUAUUUUUUUAAUUUGUCAGAAAAGUAUGAAAAUCAGAAUAUAAAGCUAUUAAAUAUUUAAUACCGUAAAUUACAAUUGUUGAGCUUUACGAAUGUAUUAAUUCUUAUUUUCUUGUCUAGUGAAAUAAUGCCUUCAUCUUUAUCAAGCUUAAGUUCUGCUUGUGAUAAAAAAAAUUAAAACAUUAAUAUUUCAAAUUAAGGUAUAUUAUCGAUCAGAAUUAUUUUAAAUCUUAAUUAUGCCACCUGAAAGCAUGGUUGUUUAUUUCAAGAAUGCUUUCAUAUCUUAUAUUUUAUUGUAAUAUUUUACUGUUGAAAAUAGUAAAAACCGCGCAAAAUAUUUUUAAACAUCAAAGUCCGUUUUGACUAAAUGCGUCUUUUUCAUCUAAUUUGUGUUGUUAAAUAUCAAUUUCACUUAAUAUUAUUUGUAUUAAUAUAAUUUUACUCUUUUAUCAACAUACCGUUUUUGUAUAGCUUAUUAUAUUUAAUAUACUGAUUUUAAUAUUUUUUUCAACAAAUUAAAAAUGUUUUUAAGUCAGAUUCAACGGUUUAAAAGCCAUAAAAAAUAUAUCGUUUUCACUUAUCGCUCCAGGGAGUAAAGUUGUUCUAUUUUAUGCAUCCUUCUUUAUUUAUAUAAAGAAUGUGAAAUAUUAAAUAAUAUAAAAUGUUAAAUUUCUUUACGUUAAAGAAUAUUUAAUUGCGUAGUAUAAUAUUUUAUAAAAUUUUAUCGUAUAUAAGAUAUCCUUAUUAUUGCGUUUAUGAAAAGGUUAAUAAUGUAAAAAAAAAAAGGAAAACUGCUUCAGAAACUCGGAGAAAAUUCAAAGAGUUAAUAGGUGCAAAUUGUAAUCUCACGUCUUCGUUUCCACAGUUGGUUAUACGCAGCUUCCUCGGGUUCCAUCUUGUCGAACUUUUCUUUCGUCGGUCUUGCUUCCGCGGCCCACGGUAGAAAUUUAUCCACUUACUUAUCUGACGUACUGAAGCACCAAGGGGAAUAUCUUUCUUGUGUGUAGCCCCGGUCGAAAAUUCAAUCUUUGACUAUGUUCGACAUCUUUACUACUUCAAAAGGCCCUCUCUAUUUUCGUCGAAAAUUCGCAUGGGUAUUAUAUUAAGGUAAGAAAAAGAGUAUGCUUUUUCGCAGAAUGAAUAUUAUAUCACGAGAAAAUUUAAUUUGACUUACUUUUAUAUUAAUCUUAUCAAUUUUGCAACAUCUUCGCGACGAGUUAUUCUUCAUAAUUAUUUUAUUAAUUAGCAUCUAUAUUUGCCCGCAACACAUCAUUUUUUUUUACAAAAAAAACAAUUAUUAUUAUUUAUUAAUUUCCAUAAAAGUUUGUUACAUAAGCUGUUAAGAAAUUAAGCUUUUUAAAUUUUAUUUCCUCUACGUUUUCUUUCUGACAUUUAGAUUCUCCUUAAUUUAUGACACUCCCUUGCAACGGCAACAUUUCAUAAUGUCGUCAUACAGAUUUUGAGAGAUUUUUGCAAGACACUUCGCAAAGUCUGUCGUUAAAUUUAGCCUCUCAUCCAGCUCCUUGCCAGAUUUUAAUGCAGCCGCCGAGAAAUCAGUUCGAGAUGUAUCGAGGCUGAAGCCCAGCGUGACUUGCGAGCUGGCUUCCCUUUGAUAUCGCUUUUCCUCCACCUUUCCUACCUACCCCCUCCGUCGCUCGCCUUUCUUCUGCGGCGUAAGCUUUUUACUCGCAAAAUUCUCGUCGUGCAGGAUGAGUCUGGAGGUUAUCUACUGUCGAUUGACCGAUUCUGGCAGCACGCCAAAUCCUUUUGGCCGUCCUUACGCGGCCUAACAUCUCCCUUUAUCUAUCACCCCUCUUCUCUCUUCCUCUCUCGUCCUUCUUCCGUUUUUCGCACCUUUUUCAUGCCAUUCUCAUUUCUUUUUCGAUUCCGAACCGUACCACCGUUACUUCACUGGCGUCUUUUCUUUUCUUCCUUUAUCGUUCCGAUGUGCUCUCUUUGUCGCCAUGCGCUGUAUUUGACGGAUGCUUUCUUGCUUCCCCUGUCUUUCUCUUCUAUCUUUGUAUUCUAUUCUCUUGUGUGUAAUUUUGUCUCGAGAGUCUUCUGUACACUUUGCUCUCAUUCUCAAAACGCUUUGCUUUUAAAUGUCUCUGUAAGUUUGUGAGUUAGACGUUGCGGUUCGUAUUUUUGUCGAAAACAAUCCAUUAAAAUCAGUUUUAAUAAUUUAUUGAUUUAUUACAAUUAUUUUUAUAUAUAAAAUUAAUUUACAGUUUGAGAGAAGAUAAAAUAUUUUAACAUUCCACAUUUUAAAUAAAGUAUAUAGAUUUUAUUAUUAUUUGUCCUACAAAUUGUUAACUUUUUUAAUUGUUAAUUUUAAUAAUGUAUCAUAAUUUACACACGUCGAUAAUUUAAGAAGAUUGCAAUUUUUGGAAUAAAAUAAGUUUUACUUUUGCAAUUAACCGACAAUGUUUUUGUCAAUGUCAGUUAGUCACUUGAGAUAAAUAAUUAUGUACUUGUUACCAAUAUUAGUUUUGAUUUAUGAAAUUAAAUAAAAUAUUAUAAUUUAGUAUGAAGACAUCGUCGAUUAUCAAUUCGCGAUCCAGCUAGAUCAUCAUAUAUACGAGCAUGCAUUUUGCUCGUCCUAUUCAUAUCGUGAAGCAUAUAACAGAUGACUAUUAUCAAUCAACUGAGCAUAGUAGCGUGAUGAUAACAUACAUAAAACACAAUUACACGUCACUUUCUUUACUAAUAGUAUAUCGUUCCAGAUUCCCCAAGCGCUAUAACUCGAACAAAAAUUUGCAGAUGUCUUUUCAAUUUCAGAAAAUAAUUAUUGAUACAUAAAAAAUCGCUUAUUUCAAAUAAAGUAUUACAAAACUCAGUGUUAGUUACUUAAAAUUUUUUCCGUAAUUAAAAUUCUAAUCACUAAUAAAUUACUAUUAACAAGAAUGCAAAACCAUUUCAGAAAAAUAGCAAUCGAAAAGGAAAUCAGUUUGUAGGAAUACUUGCUAUCACUUUUUUUUCUGAUUCUUGUAUUCGUUUUUCUUUUCUAGAUCGAACGAUUCGAUUUUAAUGUAUCGGCAGAAGAUCGUAAUAUCGGUAUUGAAGUACCCGCUGGAAAUUCUGUCUCAUCAUUACCGGAGGUAAGCGAUCUAACGGACCUUGCUUCUGCACGUCGGCGAUCGUUCUUCGGCUCUCUCGUCGUCUGCGAUCUAAAUUUCUUUCCUCCAUCCACGUUUCACAUUACUGCCGUCUGGAUGGUCUCACGAAGAAAGAACUCGGGCUAGACUCAUCUACUUCUUUUUUUUUUUUACUCAUCGCUCAAAGCCACGAGGAUGCUCUGACAGAAUCUGCCGGUCAGGAUGCAUCGAUAAGAGCUUUUCACGUAGCUUUUCGUAAUUCUCAGCCGGUGUCGUUUAUCUUUUGCAACUUGUUUAUGGCUGCG